AUGUCAUCAUAUUAUUUGGAAUAUCUGCGGUGAUUUUUGUGUGGGAAUUUCUCUAUAGUUGAUUAUUUGGUGUCCUUAUGUAUAUUUAUAUAUUCAAUUUCGCAUGUGAUAUUUGCAUCUAAGGGUGCUUUAUUUAAAAGAUGUUUUUAAUUUUACAUUUGCCACGUGACUGAAAGUGGAUAUUAUCAUUUUUUUUUGGAAAGAAAGGAAAAAAUAGGAACACGAAGGCAGAAAAAAAAGUUUUGUCAUCAUCAUCAUCAUUCAUUUAGAAGGAGGUUAAAUAACACCUGGGAUGAUGGCAACAGUUAAGGGCUUGGGAAGGAAUAUUCCUUAUUUAAGACAACAAUUUGCAGCACUUUUAGGGAAUACGAGUACAAGUGUUAAAUUUAUAUGCAUAGUUGUUUUAUUCUCCUAUUGUUUAUCAUAUUCCCAGGAAGCAGUGAAAGCAUUAAGUGUUACACCAGGUUAUUUGCUGCCACCUGCAUUUUGGAUAUGGACAGCGUUUACAUUUUGUUUUCUUGAAAUACAUUUUUGGGAAGUUUGUGUUGAUAUUGUUACAGUGGGUUUAUGUGGAAAAUUGAUAGAACCAUUAUGGGGUGCAAUGGAAAUGAUGACAUUUUUUGCUGUUGUGAAUUUUGGAGUUGCUGUACUUUCCACUUUGUUUUAUUUAUUUUUAUAUAUAUUAACAGGUGGUACUGAUUUACUAUUUGACAUUCACAUUCAUGGUCUUACUGGUUAUAUUGGAGGAGUUAGUGUUGCUGUGAAACAAAUAAUGCCUGAUCAUAUUAUAAUAAAGACACCAAUUGGAAAAAUUAUGAAUAGAAAUAUUCCCUUAAUUGUUUGGAUCGUAUCUUUAUUGAUGUGGGUCUUGGGUUUAUUGGAAGGAACACAUCCCACUAUGUUUCUCAGCGGAUUAUUCAUUUCUUGGACGUAUUUGAGAUUUUAUCAAAGACAUAAUAAUGGUACUCGAGGAGACAUGGCCGAUAAUUUUACAUUUGCUAGCUUCUUCCCAAAUGUUCUACAACCACCGAUUGCCGUAUUUAGUAAUACAAUACACAGUUUUUUCGUUCGUAUUGGUUUAUGCAGAAAAGUUGUUCGAAGGUUCGACAUGUCAAACGCGCCGCCAGGUUUAGUUAUAAAUUUACCUGGAAUUGAUCCGCAUGACAGUGAAAGACGAAGACAACUAGCUUUAAAAGCAUUGAGCGAAAGAUUGAGCAAGGAUCAUGCCAAACCUUGGCAACAAGAAAGAAGUAAAAAACAUUCGCCUCCCGUUCCUCCAGCAGUGACUGUACAAAUUCCAGAACCUGUCCCAUUGAAACCAAUUCCAUCACCAUUGAUUCCACAAAUUAAUGUGAAUAUUCACAGUCAACCAUCGACGAGUACGUGAUCAUCCUAAAGGAAAAAGAAAAGAAUUUAUUUUCAAUAAAUUUUUAGGUAUGUACCGAAGCCCAAAGGAGCUUUUAAAAAGAAAUGUUUUUACCAAAAAAAAAAAAAAACUGGUUUAACUAUGGCGAUAUAAGAAUUUGAGACUUGUAUUUUAUUUUUUUAAAUAUAAAAAUACCGCUUAUAAAAACAGUUACAUUAAUCAGAAAUCCUCUGAUUACCUUUAAAAUUUUAUUCAUAGAUUCUUUUAACAAAUAAAGCCACAAUUUCAUUUUCAAACAAAAGAAAAAAGUAUUUCUUUUUAUUUAAUAAUAAAAUUAUAAUCAAAGUUUGUAAAAUCAAAACUAAUCCCUUUGAUUUCAAUUUCUUUUUUUCAAUGUGGCUGUUUUUUUUUUUUUUGUAUAAAAUUAUCUUUUUUUUAAGAAAAAACGCUUUCUAGUUAAAAAGAAUAGAAUUAUCAACAAAAAAAAAAAAUACUAUAUGUGAUUUGCGAAAAAAAGCAAUCGAAAAUCUUUUUUAUAGACGAAGAAUUAUGUGUACAUACUGAUGUAAUUGAUCUUAUAAGAAAUAAUUAGCUAAAUUAAGAUCGAUUAUUUUAUUUGUAUAGAUAUAAGAAUAUUCAUGAGAAAUUUACAACUCAUUUGCAAUUUAUAAGAUGAUAGUGAGAAAAAAGAUCAUCUUUUGUAAAUAAUUAUUUAAUAUUCUAAUUCUUUUUUUUUUAUAAAUAUAUAUAUAUAAAAUAGUUUAUUUUUAAAACUUUUUCGUCUUCCCGCAGCACGCAAAAAUAAAUGAGUGAUUGUAAAAUUUAAUUUUUGCUUGACUGAAUGAUAAAACUAUUUUAAUUAUUAUAUUUUGAAGAAAAUGAAUAGCAUAAUAAUAAUAAUUUUUAUUCUAAUAGGAAUUUAAAAUUAAAAAGAUUAAUAACUGUAAUUUAAUAUAAUUAUUUUAAUUAUAAUUUAUUAGAUUGUUAAUUAUAGUUUUGUUUAAUUAGUAAUUAUUUUUCAAUUAUUUGUUGCAACAAUUUUCUUUUUUAUUCUAAUUUUUAAUAUAAUGAAUGUUUUAAUUAAAAAGAAUCUCUGUUUACAGCGGAUAAAAUAUUGUAAAUUAAAAAAAAAACGUGUUCUAUUUUAUAUAAUAUACGUAAAAAGCAAAUGAGUUGUAAAUAAGAAAAUUAAGUGAAACUGUAAAGGGAACAAGGCAUUUAAAAAAAAAAUGAAAAAGCUGUACAGAGACGUGUAUAAUCGUAAGUAAAGAUCAAAUUUUUAUGUGUUGUAUAAAAAUCAUUCUCUGAACAUUUUUGAGUGUUUAAUGUGAAUUGUCUUGAUCUCGUACUUAUAUAGAAAAAAAAAAAAACAUUUUUUGAUCGACUUCUAAAUGAAAAUCGUAUUACUUUACUACAGCGUUAAACGGAUAAUUACACCAAUGGUACAUAAACAUUAUAAGAGUUACGAAUAAAGUGUAUUUAAAUUAUAACAACAAAUUUUGUACAUACGUUAACAGUUGUUACGACUUGUAUAUUAAAAUCUAUUGUCCAUUAA